AUGUCGUCAAUCGCACGGCCACCAGACCCAUGCCUGGUGGCCAUCAUUCUAAUCGUGCGAUCGCGCACCGGGCCCCGUCUCGUCUUCCACUACCCUCCAAACCCACUCAGCGAGAACCGACUCAAGACAACCACCAAGAACGGGCGCCGCACCUCCCGCGCGCGGAACCGACAAGGCGCCAAGAACACAGACUCAAGCUCUAGCGAUGAUAGCGGCCUAAGCUCAGACGAAGAGGAGGAGGAAAGAGAGCGCGAAAACCAGAACCCAGCUGCCCAGGCAACCCCAGGCCAGAUACCAAGUGGCAGCCACCCAACAACGCCGAGCUUGUUACUCGCUCGCCGCGCGAGUAACUUUGGCAUCAUCGAUGAGAAUGCGUCUAUCGCUGCAUCGCCUGGUACCGCUCCGACUGAACCGCCGCGCCCUGGUUCUUUGGGAUCUGGUCGGGCCUCGUCGUUGCGGAAGCGGGGUGGUGCUGGGUCUGAUCUUGAGGAUGAGUCGGAUCGGGAUGGUGCUGGUGGAUCAUCGCGGGCACCUUGGGUGUCGCUUUUGGGUUUACCGGGUAGUGUGUGGGAGAAGCUACUGAGUCCGUCCCGGUCAUGGCAUAAACGGCGAUUUGAAAUUGGGAUUAAUGAUCUUGCGCUUAUUGGGUGGCCUGUCUUUGUGCGGGAGGAUGGAACAUGGCGCAAGCAGAGACGGAAGAAGAAAAAGAAGAAGAAUCGCUCGGAGUGGGAUGGUGGGGAGUUGGGUCAUAACGAUCCUGAGGGCGCUGAGGAUGAAGAUGGUGUUGCUUCUCCUGAUAUGGGGGGUAGUAUUGCUACUAUCUCCGAGCUGACGCUUUCUCCGACUGAGACGAAGCGCCAUUCUGUGGCCAGCACGAAAGUUGGGAAUCAGUCGGAUGAUCCUGAGGAUAAGGAUCAUAUGACUAUGUUCAAUGUGGUCUUUGUAAUGGAUCCUCCUCUGCUUGAGUACUCGGGGCGUGUCAAAGAGAUCUAUGAAAAUGCUAUCAAGAAGUUUGCUAAAGCCUUGAAAUGGGAGCAGGCUCGAACGGGUUAUGUGUGGAAGGAAUCACAGCAUAUCUUGUCUGUACGGCGAAAUGCUCGAGAGUCAAGAACCUCAAUUCACAAACUGUAUGCUGAUCUGAUAAAUCAGUCUUCUCUAGCCAGGGCAAUCUAUACUGUUUACACCAGUAUCUCAGCCUCCAAGAUUGCCUCUGUAUCACUCAGUCCAGAUGUUUCUAUCUCGCUACAGAUCCCCCCGCUGACAUCCACGCCGUAUCUCGCUGGCCCCGCGGACAAAUCUUAUCCAGGUCUUUGGUUGACAACAGCAGACAGUGCAACCCCGGUGGAUGAACCUAGUAUUGACGAUAUAAAUUCACCCCACCAGGUUCUUGCGAAACACUUUGCACUACUUCUACUUGAUAGUGAGGCAUCCAUCAUCAAAGACGUUGAAGCUUCUGGUGGCACUUUAGCAACGGCAUUAAGACACUACAUUCGCUGUUCCAAGCCAACCAAGUCAUUCGCCCAAAUCUCAGCAACCUCAGGAAUUCCACUUUCCACUAUCCAGAUGCUGGCUAGUCACUUGGUUUAUUGGCGUCGUGCUCGAGCCAUCCCUCCCAUCCACCAGCGAGACACAUACAUUGUCUCCCCCAAUUGCGAUCUCAGCAAACUGGAAAUAGCGACUAUUGCAUACCAGGCAGCAUUUCCCACAGUUCCCAGCCUUCCAAAGAUGCUUUCCUUGCUCAGCGGUACCCCUCGUCCGUUUGGAAACUUCAUUCCGAGCAAAGACCAUAAGGAAACCUACUUCUCAAUUCUCGCAUGGCUUCUCCGCGGUGGUUGGGUAACACAGUUGCGCACCUUCGCUCGCAUCAAAGUGACUCCCGAGAUCAAACUGGCUGUGGAAAUGGCUCUCCGUAAAGAAGAAGUAGACCGCUAUCUUGCCAAGAGUCAGCCCAGCGCUCUGGCAGACCCGGACACGGACAGCUCAGACGAAGACGAUGCAAACUCCUCAUCAUCGUCCUCACUCGCCAGCCAUGGCAGCAGAGAUGACACGCCCAUUCCGGGUCGCGUCGACCCGCAUGCACAGCUCCGCACUUCGCAUAAACUACUAGACCGGUCCACUGCUCUACGGCAGUCUUCCCUGAUCUUAUCUCCGCACCGGGCAUCCCCACUCGAAUCCCGAUGGCUAGACGAGAUCGUCUCCCGAUUCCCCGAGAAGCCCGGCGACGAGGAUUUCCUAGACGGCGUGAGCCCAGAGAUCGCGCCGGAUGAGCUCGAAAACGUUCAAAGUCUACUCAAAACAUACUGGCCCUCCUUCCUUAAAUAUUUCAACGGGCAAGACGCACUGGAGAAGAUCUCCGUCCGAGAGAACCUGAAGCGCAAAUUAGUAUGGCGGGUUCUCAGCCGUCUAGGCUUCGUAGGGCCGACAAAGUCGGUUGAUACAGACGUGCGGGAACAAGUGAUUGUUAGUGUUCGGCAUUGGUAG